AUUAAGUCGUCACUGAUUUGAAGUGGCUCGAGGACAGGCGGCCUCCGGGCGGUGACGCGAGGCACUCAUCGACCCACGCAUGCGCUGAGCCGCAGUGUCAUAGAGCACCAUCAGGAGGAGCAGCAGUAGCAGCGGACUGGACGCGGUCGUGUUGUUUAUUUCACUCACGAUUAACUUUUCACUACAAUGUCGGGCUUUGACAGCAACCCGUUCGUGGACCCGGUGGACGUGAACCCGUUCCAGGAUCCCUCCAUCACACAAGCCACAAGUGGAGCCGCUGAAAACAAUGGGGAGUUCAACCCAUUCUCUGCUAUUGACAUGGGAAACCACACCGGCACGACCAUUCCCGUCUCUGGUUCCUCGUCUCAACCCGCCGUCCUGCCGACAUCUGUGGAGCAGAGUGCUCAAGCGAGUGCAGCUGCUGGCCAGGCGAACCUGAUCAGACAGCAGGAGGAGCUGGAGCGUAAAGCAGCUGAGCUUGAGCGGAAGGAGCAGGAGCUACAGAACAGGGCAGCCGGCCGAGCAACAAACACUGGUGCUAAAGAGAACAACUGGCCUCCUCUUCCCAAGUUCUUCCCUGUGAAUCCCUGCUUCUAUCAGGACUUUGAGGAGGACAUCCCAGAGGAGUACCGCAGGAUCUGCAAGAGGAUGUAUUACCUCUGGAUGUUCCACAGUGCCACGCUCUUCCUCAACGUGAUGGCCUGCCUGGCCUACUUCACUGCAGAUGCUCAGAAUGGUGUUGACUUCGGUCUGUCCAUCCUCUGGUUCCUCCUCUUCACCCCCGUGUCCUUCAUCUGCUGGUACCGGCCCGUCUACAAGGCUUUCAGGUCUGACAGCUCUUUCAGCUUCUUCUUCUUCUUUUUUGUCUUUUUCUUCCAAGUGGCAGUCUACAUCAUCCAGUGUGUCGGGAUCCCUAAAUGGGGAAACAGUGGAUGGAUUGCAUCCAUCAGCAUGAUCCGCAUAAACUUGGCCGUGGCCGUGGUUAUGAUGGUGGUGGCAGGUUUUUUCACCGUAAAUGCCGUCCUGGGUGUCAUCCUGCUGAAGAUGGUCCACUCUAAGUACAGACGGACAGGUGCCAGCUUCUCCAAGGCCCAGCAGGAGUUCUCACAAGGAGUCCUGACCAGCCGAACUGUCCAGAAUGUUGCAGCAGGUGCUGCUACCUCUGCUGCCCAGGGAGCCUUUGGCAGGAGUCAGGGAAACUAGACUGUUUCCCACAUCCAGAGUGCCUCAGGCUAGUCUCUCCUCUGACCAACAUACCAGACUAAUCUGUCCCUACAUUAUUCUUCUGGGUUAAGGGGAUGGGGGGUUGAUUAUUUAAUGAAAAGGGCCAGAAGUUACUUAUGUCAAACUCUUCAGCCGAGUCCACAUUCACCACUGACAGAGUUUGGUAUGUUACAGACAGCAAGCAUGUAAUGACUUGCACAAUUCGUUGCUGUUAUUUAAUCCUUGUCGUCAUACAGCAUGUUCAAAAUUCAUGCUAAUAGAAGCUAUUCUGGGAAAUGUAGGACAUCAUAAAUUGAAGUUGACCUAAACAAGGUAGAAAAGGAGACAAAACAAGUGUGACAAGUAAUUGGUAACACUGGGUUUAGUGAUAAGAUGCAUUGAUUUAAUUGUUUAAAGGGAAAUUCUGGUAUUUUAUAACCUGUGCCCUACAUUUUCAUGUUUUGGUUGUAAAUGAUUUACCAAAGUUUUGGUCCAGCAGAUUGCUUUAGCUGGCAGCCAUGACUCUGCUGCAGUGGCUGUAAUGAAAUCACUACGACCAAACGGUUCGCUCAAGGAGAAGUCUUGCUCUGAAAUCUCGCAAGAUGAACUGCUACAGUUCCUCGUCUGGAUUGUCUUAAAUCACCUCAGUAGUCAGCCGUGACUUUGGAAACACAUUUCUCACUGGCAGUUGUUGUAGGUAAACUCCAAACUCCUCUGUCCAGCUCUGACUCACGUUUCCACUGUCGUCUUCCUACAACACCUUCUUAUGCAAGAUUUCAGACACUUUUCCCUGAGUGAGAAUUGUGUCUGUGGCUCCAAAAAUGAUCUUAUUAAUUAACUAACAGGUCUAACUCUGUGGGAAUCAUCUCAGCCUGUGAGUAAAAACAAGCAUCUCCAGUGGAUUUAGCUCCGACAGUCACAGUUGACCCUAUGGCUUGUGUUUUAGCCACUGCAGCUGUGCCAGCUGAGGCAUUGUGCUGGGCUGAUCCCAAAAUCUUUGAUAAGUAUGAACGAAAUGUGUAAAUAUAAGUCCCAGGUUUAAAAAAUACCAGAUUCCUGUUUUAGUGCAGAUAUCAGUACAAUUAUAGAAAUAACUUACAGGAGCCUCAAAACACUACGAAGACUUGGGUUGUACAAAAAGCAUGCAGGACUUGACAUGAGAAUGUUUUGACCAUCAUGAUGGAUAGAUUCACAUAAUAUAUGUAUACAGAUGUUUGUCUUUACAGCAGCAUCUAGAGGUUUACAGGGUGACCAGGCUGUCUUUCUCCUGCCUUAUGAACAUUUUUACACAAGGUACACUUUAUGAGUUCUACUUAUACUACAGGUAAUCUCACUGGUCGCCCUGUAAAUGAGAUGCAUCCUGUUUCAUGUUACACUGCUGAUGCACACAGUUUCUGGUUUAACUUGGUUCGUUCCAUUUAAAGUUUUCAUGUGUAGGAUAAACUGAUGAUUUAUGAAGGUGUCGGGAUGAAGGUUCUUUUUAUUUCUACUGUUUUAGUCAGCUAAUUGAUUUAGAUGAAGUGAGACAGAAAGCUCUUUUAAAGAGCAGAUGGAGAAGAGGUUUAACUGGGAAGGCACAUGUUAAUUACUUUAUGUUAAGAAUACAUUUGUUUUUUUUAAUUUUAUGGAGCUUUGUUAUGAUUAAAAGUGAAAGACAGGAUGCAGGUUUAUUAAUUUAAAGUUACUGACAUAGUAUAGAAUUAGAGGUGUUAGUGCUUGAUGAGCAGAAAGAACAAUAUUUAUCUGUUGAUUAUUCAUUUGGUUGACUUUGUACCAUGUAGACACAAGUCACGUGUUACUCAAUAGUCACAGAUGGUUGGUAUUUUCUAGCUGUACCUACUUGAUAAGCAUUAGCAUUCUCAUGUUUUUACUUGUUAAUAUUAUAUAUAUUGUGUAUAAUUCUAGUCACUUAUUACUGUAAUACUGAAUCACUUUGUUCAGGAGUAGCCUCAGUCAAUGUAACCUACCAUUUUUUGUGUGGGGAUUGGAGCACAAGGCUGUUGGUUAUUAGUGUAUGUCUGAUUAUGUUCGUCUUUACAGAGAAAUAUGUUUCAUGGUGAAGUUUGUUUUGGUUGAUCAGAAUGUAUAUUAAGGUGUUGUACAUAUUUGUGACUUAUUUAAAAAGUUUAAAUGGGGGAAAUGUGGUGGAAUCGGUUCUCAGUCUUAACCUUGAAUAAACUGUCUUUAUUUUCUCCUUUGAAAA